AUGUUUACUUGCAUAGCUUGUACGAAAGCAGACGGAGGUGAGGAAGUCGAAAAUGGCGCGCGUGGAGGCGCCACUCCCAAUACUAAAGAAGCCGUCAAAAGCCUAACCACACAGAUUAAAGAUAUGGCAAUGAAAUUCUCUGGUGCUUACAAACAAUGCAAGCCAUGCACUGGUUCCUCUAGCAGCCCCAUGAAGAAAGGACAUAGAUCGUUCCCAGAUUUCGACAAUGCUUCUGAAGGUGUUCCAUACCCUUACAUGGGUGGAAGCGCUGGUUCCACUCCUGCUUGGGACUUCACAAACUCCUCUCACAAUCCAGCGAAUCGGUCAGAAACAAGAUUCACUUCAAUCUAUGGCAACGACCGGGAAUCUAUCUCUGCUCAGUCUUGUGAUGUGGUGUUGGAUGAGGAAGGUCCAAAAGAGUGGAUGGCUCAAGUAGAGCCUGGUGUCCAUAUCACAUUCGCUUCGCUUCCUAGUGGAGGAAAUGAUCUGAAACGUAUCCGCUUUAGCCGUGAGAUGUUCGACAAGUGGCAAGCUCAACGGUGGUGGGGUGAGAACUACGACAAGAUCGUUGAGCUUUACAAUGUACAGAAAUUUAACCGCCAAGCUCUUCAGACGCCGGCAAGAUCCGAGGACCAGUCACAGAGAGAUUCAACUUACUCGAAGAUGGAAUCAGCGAGGGAAAGCAAAGACUGGACACCAAGACACAACUUCAGACCUCAAGGAGUUAAUGUCCCGCAUCACUUCUAUGGAGGCUCUAGCAACUAUGGACAUCAUGGAGGACCUCCAAUGGAUGCAGCACGAACCACAACAUCUUCCAGAGAUGAACCACCGUCCAUGAGCAAUGCUAGUGAAAUGCAGGCUGAGUGGAUCGAAGAGGACGAGCCUGGCGUCUACAUUACCAUCAGACAAUUAGCAGAUGGGACUAGAGAGCUACGUCGGGUUAGAUUCAGCCGGGAACGAUUUGGGGAAGUGCACGCAAAGACGUGGUGGGAGCAGAACAGAGAGAGAAUACAAACACAAUACCUCUAG